CACUCACUCCGUCCGGGUUUCUUUCCUGAUUCCUCGUCAACCACUGAUCUCACCAUCAUCCUCUCACCCUUCAACUUUCGACCCAGAAGCUCAACUCAGGAGAUCUUUCUACAAAUCAAAACGAUCGUCACUACUCUGUGAGCCGAUCAGCUAACGUCCACUGUGCUAAACGGAUCCUUCUGCACCCAUCAAUAGUGUGUGCCCGCCUCUCGAGGGGGCGCGGCAGUCGUUCCAUCCAUAGCAUUCUGUGACUAACAGCUUCACUUUUUCCUCUCUACUUCCUAUAGUCUUGUCUUGUACCCCCCUCUGCCUUAAUCUUAAUCGUCCACCGGGAAAGUCUGUGUGGAAUCCGGGGAAGGAAAAGCUUUUUUUCUUUUUUUCAUUACCUGAUCUUCGGAUUUUUUUUUUUUGUGCACCCCCCCUGGUCUUCUUCCUUUUCCACCCCCCCUUCCCUUGUAAUCUAUCUCUCCGGGACUGUGCCCUACAAAGUUAUAUAGAGGCUUCCGCUAUCCACCAUGUCCUCCGCCGCAGUCCCUUCUGCGAUCCGCACCAACAAGCCUCCCUCCAUUGCACUUCCCUCUGCGUUUUCCGGAGAAACUUCCCCUUCCAAUCUAUCCCGCGACUCAUCGCCUCACUCGUCCGAGUGUUCCUCGCCAGACGGUUCCAGAUCGACCAGUCGCCGCCGUCCGUCGGUUGGUUCGAUCAAAGAAGACGUUGACGGCAUUGCUCAGUCCUUCGUGGAUACGCAUAUCGACCAGCCUUCCCAAGAACAGCCGAAGCCGAACCCGGUUGAGAUGCAGCAAACUCCCGACUUUUGCUGCCCCUGUGGCGGCUUUCUCGGCUGGAAGCAGAUUAGACUAGGUGGAAAGAGUCUCAGUAGGAGCUACAGCGAUUUGCGGGCUCUCGGUAAUAUGCAUGCCCGCGGCUGGGCCUGGGAAACGUCUCCGCCGCCUGUCAAAAAUCCGCCACCUACUAAGACAUUGCAGGUGGAACAGCCGAAACCGGCCGCUGGCUUGUCUCGUCUUGAGACCCUUCCCUCCGAAGUGCUCGACCAAAUCAUAUCAUGCUUGGCGUUGGACGUACCGCCAAACGGCUACACGCCGCGCAAUGUGGACCUGAUCUCGUGCUUGCUGGCCUCCCGGACGUUGCACGCAGCUACCCUCGCGGUGUUGUACAGAAACAUGACCUUCCCGCACUCCGUCAUCUUUUCGAAGGCGCUCAACCACAUGUCUCAUUAUCCUGCGUUGGGCACGCUGGUUCGUCGCCUCGAUUUCUCCCAUUUCACCUCGGUGGGUUUGGGACGCACCAAGCAGAUGAACGCCGAAAUUCAGAACCUUACCUCCAAGACGCUGCUGAAAUGUCUGGACCUGUUGCCGAACCUGAAGGAGUGUUUGUUGCAGGAGCAUGUGGAAGGUGACCUCAGUGUGGAGGUGGUGCAGAAGCUGCUCUUCGGCCUUCCGAACCUCUUUGCCGUCGAUUUCUGUGGCUGUUCGACCCAGUCCUUCUCGGCAGUUUUUCAGGAAGCAUUGAUGACCGGGCCUGGUCUGCCAUCGGCGAUGCCAAACCUGAGAAGGGUGUCGCUGCACGAGUGCAGCAGUCUUCCGGCGUCGGUUUUUGAGACACUCCUGCCCCGCUUGGUUAAUCUGACUCACUUGGAUGUUACUCACACGCAGAUUAGUGAGGCGGCCCUGUUCGCGAUCCCGAAAACGGCGAGAAUCACCCACCUGAGCCUGUCUCGCUGUACUCGUCUGCAGGGAUCAAGGGUAGUGGAGUUCUUGGCUACGCAUCCGGCUGUGUGCGACUCGUUGGUUUCUUUGAACCUGAUGACGGACCCUACGCGGAAUCGACUUCUGGAAGAAGAUGACGUCCAUGCGCUCCUUCCAAAGCUACCCUCCACGCUUCGCUCCCUUAACAUUGGGGGUGCGAAGGUCACCUCGGCCCACGCGCAAGUGCUGAUCCCCUUGACCAAACAUUUGGAAGAACUCGGUCUCGGUUCGGCCGAACUCUCGGCUCAGGACAUUAACCUUUUCUUUAAGCCACCGCCGCGGGCGAACAUGGACGUGGAUGGAUCAGCGGAAGUGAAAGAAGAGGAUUGGGUUCCGCCGACGCUCUGCUAUCUGGACCUCACCAAAGCUCCUCAGUUGUCGCUGGGAACCGUCUUCAACCCUAGCUCGUGCUUGCUGCUUUCACAGCAAAGCUAUCCACUGCAGGUCAUCGAGUUCCAUGAGAAGCUUAUCGCUCCUUUACGCGAGAGAACCAAGAAUUCCCGGACUUCCCUCGGCUGGACCGUUCGUGAGCUCGGUCGACGGGGAUGGUACGUCCGUGACCCGGCCUCUAUGCCCCUUCAGAUGCCUGAUGACGGCUCUCGCUCCUGGAAAAUGGGUGCUAGGUGGUGGGGAGCAAGAAAGAUCCCCGUUGCCGUUGGGGAGGUCGGCGGUAUCUACGGCCACUACAUGUUCAAAAAAUGAGGACAUGUUGAGGACAGGAAACUAGGUUCAUUACUGUCCAAAUCUUCCAUUGGAUGAAUGAUUAUACCCUACUAUGUUACAAGUUUUGUUUGUUGGUGGCGCGCUUUGUUC